AUGUAUAAACCACAGACUCUGGAAGAUGCAUUCCAUUGGGCUAUAACUUUCAUCGAAAUUGAAGAAGAUAAAGCUGCAUUCAGCAAAAAACACGCAGCCACCAAAAAAUCAUCUUCAAAGGAUAAAGAGCCUGACGAAUACAAUGAAGCUAGACAACAUUAUGACAAAGCGAACAGAGAUGGAAAGAACAGAAAAGCAUCCAAUUAUCAAAUCAGCGACCAAUCAUCUAGUCGCUUCACAAAAAAGCAGGCUCACAACAGUCAAGGAUCAGAGGAUACCCAAGCAUAUUGCAGCUACCAUAAAUCUAAGACUCAUAAUACGGAAGAAUCUCGCCAUCUACAGGAGUGGUUGUUGAACAAGUACUGCAACGAUCGGGAUUCAUCAUCUAAAGACCAGCAAAACGACAAGGCACCAAAAAAUGAAGGUGAACAUUUUCGACAAGUCAAAGAAGAACGCGAUCGCCAACACGGACAUAAACGUUCUAACGAGCAAACAAACGCAGACACAGAGGCUCAUAAGCGCGCACGCGACGACCAAAACAAUGAACAAAAAUACGAAAGAACUCCCCCACCCCGACGUGUAAUUAACGUGAUCAUGGGAGGUCUCCAGACUUGCAAAGAUUCAGUUCGAUCAAUCAAGGAAUACGAGCGUAAAACAUACACCUCGCAAAAAUGGGGAAGCAUCAGUCACAUCGACGAUAAACCAAAGAAUGGCUAUGAGAUCCUCGUCGUCGAACUCAGGAUAGGUGACUGCAAAGUCACACGCGUACUGGUCGACACUGGCAGUUCAGUUGAUUUAAUCUUUUCAAAAACUCUUCAACGGAUGGAUGUCAAAGAUUACGAGUUGAAGGCUUGCAAAAGACCACUCACAAGUUUCGUCGGAGAUACAACAAUGACAAUCGGAACAUUCAAGCUCCCAGUCUACGUAGCAGGAAUCACAAAAAUCGUCGAAUUCGUGGUUAUCGAGAGCCCUGCCAUUUACAACGCCAUACUCGGCACCCCAUGGAUACAUUCAAUGAAAGCAGUUCCAUCUACAUACCAUCAGUGCAUCAAGUUUCCCACUACGUCAGGGACCUACACCCUCAAAGGAAAUAAACGUCUCUCACGCACAUGCUUCGUAACCGAGCAUAAGUUAAGAAAAUCUUCAAGGACAUGUCUAAUAGCUAGGCAAGGCGAUGAGCAGGAAAUAAUAGACGACCACGCCCGGGAACUGGUGAUACAAGUUAACAUCGACCAAAGCGACCCAGAACGAUGCGUCGGAAUCGGAGCAGACCUAAAAGACGAUCUCAAAGACCAACUUAUCCGCUUCCUUCAAUCCAACGCUUCAACCUUCAAUCCAACGCUUCAACCUUCGCCUGGAUAA